CGUCCGCCAAUCGGCGGGGGCGGCAGUCGGGCGGUUGCAAGCGGGAGCGGGGGGUGGCAGUCGGAGCGGCCGGAGCCUGGUGCAGCGCAGGGAUUUCUCCCGCUUCCCUCCUCGCCGCCUCGCGCGCGCCCCCUCCCUCCCUCCCUCCCUGCCCCGCCGCCGGCGGGCACCGCAGACGGGCAGCUCCCGGCGCUGCAGAGCUGAGUGAGCUACUGUCUUGAAGAUGCCCUUACAGCAAUUCUGUGCUUCCCUGGUUGUGGUUAACAUAAAUCUAAAGGUGCUGUAAGGAGAGGUACUGCUCUUAUGUGAUCUGCAGGACAGAUUCUGAAGACCUAGUGUUUAAACACUGAAUAUUUACAAGCUCUUCAUACAUAGAAAUGUCUGGGUCAUAUGAUGAUUCCGUUGGAGUAGAAGUUUCUAGCGAUAGCUUCUGGGAGGUUGGAAAUUACAAGCGGACAGUAAAACGAAUUGAUGAUGGUCACAGACUUUGCAGUGAUCUCAUGAACUGUAUUCAUGAGCGGGCACGAAUAGAGAAGGUGUAUGCUCAGCAGCUUACAGAAUGGGCAAAAAGAUGGAAACAGCUUGUGGAAAAAGGCCCACAGUAUGGAACAGUAGAAAGGGCUUGGUGUGCUUUUAUGUCAGAAGCUGAAAAAGUGAGUGAACUGCAUCUAGAAGUUAAAGGUUCACUGAUGAAUGAAGACUUUGAAAAAAUCAAGAACUGGCAGAAGGAAGCCUUUCAUAAGCAAAUGAUGGGAGGAUUUAAGGAAACCAAAGAAGCAGAAGAUGGAUUUAGGAAAGCUCAGAAACCCUGGGCAAAAAAGCUGAAAGAGGUGGAAGCUGCAAAGAAAGCAUACCAUGCAGCCUGCAAAGAGGAGAAACUGGCUAUAUCCAGAGAAACAAACAGCAAAGCAGAUCCAGCACUGAAUCCUGAACAACUAAAGAAAUUACAAGACAAAGUGGAAAGAAGCAAACAAGAUGUACUAAAGACAAAAGAAAAAUAUGAAAAAUCACUGAAAGAAUUAGAUAAUGCUACUCCUCAAUAUAUGGAAAACAUGGAGCAGGUAUUUGAACAGUGUCAGCAGUUUGAGGAAAAACGUUUACGUUUCUUUCGAGAAGUGUUACUGGAAGUUCAGAAACACCUUGACUUGUCUAAUGCUGCAAGUUACAAAAAUAUCUACCGUGAACUGGAGCAGAACAUCAAAACAGCAGAUGCUGUCGAAGAUCUGCGGUGGUUUAGAGCUAAUCAAGGCCCCGGGAUGUCAAUGAAUUGGCCUCAGUUUGAGGAGUGGUCUGCAGAUCUGAAUCGUACUCUCAGUAGAAGAGAAAAGAAGAAGGCGUCUGAUGGAGUGACUCUGACUGGUAUUAAUCAGACAGGAGAUCAAGUUUCACAGCCUAACAAACAUAGCAGCAGUCUUAGUGUCCCGAGUAACACAGUGCAGUCAGUACAAUCAAGUUACAAUCCCUUUGAAGAUGAAGAAGAUACUGGGAGUACUGUCAGUGAAAAGGAGGACAAUAAAAUCAAAAAUGUUAGCAGCUAUGAAAAAAACCAAAGCUAUCCUACAGAUUGGUCUGAUGAAGAGUCCAACAAUCCCUUUUCUUCCACUGAUGCAAAUGGAGAUACCAAUCCAUUUGAUGAAGAUACCUCUCCUGCAAUGGAGGUGAGAGUACGUGCCCUCUAUGACUAUGAGGGCCAAGAGCAAGAUGAACUCAGCUUUAAAGCUGGGGACGAGUUAACUAAAAUGGAGAAUGAAGAUGAACAGGGUUGGUGCAAAGGACGUCUGGACAAUGGACAAGUUGGUUUAUACCCAGCAAACUAUGUAGAACCAAUCCAGUGACAAAGGAGAAAGUUAAUACAGAAGUGCUACAAAAGCGCUAUAGGCCUGUACAGUAUAUAUCUACAGUGAGGGGAAACUGAAUGAUGUAUAGAGUGUAUAUAUUUUAACAAAAAGAACUUGAUAUUGAAAUCAUGGUGAUUUAAGGACAAAAGAUAGAACUAAGAAUUUGACGUUGUUUUCACAACUUCUACACAAUGCAAAAGAAAGGGGUUAGGCUGAAAAAAUAGUAUGAUAAGGAAAAUACUUUUUAAGCUUUCUCUUACCACAUGUUCUGUUAUUGUGGCUCUUGAACAUUGCGUUUUCUAUGCUUGUGCCUCAGCCUACCCUGGGUAUGUGGCUUAUGCUCACUUUUGUUUAAUCAGUUAUUUUAAGUGACCUUCAGUAACUUGCAACUUGAAUUUUUAAGAUUAUUACAGUUAAUUUUCUAUUUGUUCUUAGCAAUGUCUGAAAGAUGCAGUAUUUUUUUAUUUAAAUGCUAUGUAGUUAAGCACCUUUUUGUAUGCUCAGAUUUAUCAAUUAAUACUUAAAUUAUGAUAUAGAUUUAGUCAGCAGUUGACUGAAUGAAAACUCUUUCCAUGUUGUUAUAAUCUGUUGUCAGCAUGGCUUGAAGUUGUAAAACAAAUAUUGUAUUUAAUAAAUAUCUGUUACAGAAGACUAUUUGUAGCAGAGAUCUGCAGGUGUCAUAGGCUGGGAUUCUAUUGUGAAUGCUGUUUAUGCGUUUUGACACUUCAGUGAGUUUUCCAGCUAGAUCUUAAAUAGCACUCUAAAAGCAAAAAGAUAAAUCAUAUAUAAGCCCCAGAAUACUAGUUACUUCACUUUUGCGGGGAAAAAAAGUUUUCUCCUUUAGAUGAUUUCUGGUGAUUUGAAAUGUUAAAUGUAUGAAGACUAAUUUUUUUCAAACAGAGGACUGUAAAAUAGACUAAAUUGCUUUUUAUGAAGAGGCUCUCUAUGCUGUGUAUAUGUACAUAUAAUUUGAUAUUCCAAAAUAUAAGGAGCAUGGCUAUUAGUUAUCAAGCCUUUUGAUGUGGAUUAGAUUUAGACUGUUUAAGAGUUUAAAUUAUAGGUAUAUUUAAAUCUGCUUUCGUAUCAUAUUCGUUACUGUACCAUAGACCAAGUAUUCUGUGAUUAGCUUUUCAGAAAUACAGUAAAUACACUAAUACACUCAAAUCUGUAUUUGUGAAUAAAUUUGUGGGUCAAAAUCUAAACUAGCAUUAGUCCUUACAUGGAUUAUUGUAGCAGAACACUGUAAAAACUACAUUUGUUUGCAACUGCAAGUCGGUCAUAUGUAAUAGUGUCAAAUAGUAUGCAUUUGUGACAUAAAACUGGGCUGUAAAUUACAGCAGAUUUGUCUUUAAAAAAAAUUAAGCAUCAGGUGAGUAGAUGCGCUACUUUAGGAAGCUACACUGUAAUGAAGUUAAAUCUAUUUUGAGAUAACAAACACUGUUGAUAGUCUUGGACUUCUUUGCUUUUUGAAGUUAAGGAUAUAUUUAGUCAUCGUUUUCAAUGAUUCAAAAUGUGCAAGCUUAGAAAGUGGAUGUAUGUAUGUGUCUGUCAAGGAAAACUUACCAGCAUAAUUGUUCAUCCACAAAAUGGUUACUAAAAUUGUCAGGAAUUACUGGUUUGGGUCUCUGUAUUGUAAAAUAUUUUAGAAAACAAUAAAAUCUGUUAAUCUCUUAAGUA